CACUACUCUUUUUGUUUUCUCGAAUUCCAACCUUUUCCUUUCCCUUUCCCUUUCUUUUCUCUUUCUCUUUCUAAGUUUGAUGAUCUUUAUCAAAUCUCUGAUGAUCCCUCUGUUAUGCGUCCUUAAAUACACUACUGCCUCUGACCACCAUCACUUUUUUUCUUUCCUUUUCUUCCCUAACUUUUCCUUCAAACCUUCAUCCCAAGACUCCCCCUUUAUUCUCUCCUUUUCUCACUAAUUUCUUCUGACUACUCUCUGCAACUUCUCUCCUCUGAUCUUUCUGUAAAACAUUUACUUCACUCUCUACUCCCUAGUGAGAGAAUUUCACUUUCUAUCUUGAAAACCAAAACCUAAACGACUUAUUAGAGUACUUCCUUUUCCCUUUCACUUUCUUUCCUUACUUUAUUUACAGUUUACACUGUUCAGUUCUUAAAACCCAUGCACCAAAUCAUAAGGUACUCAUGAUCUAAUCAAAAAUAAUCACUCAACUUAGCCACCAUUAUUAUUAUUCUACACCAAAUAAAUUAAUUAAACACUCCUUUAUUUUCAUCAUCUAUGGAUCUCUCUCUAAAUAUUAGUCCUCCUUCUGUAAUCACUUCUUCUUCAAAAGAUAUUGAACCAAAACGGGUCAACUUUUACAGUGAGAAUUGGAUAAGCUCCACUACAACGGAUUCGGGUAGUAGUGUAAUGAGUGAUAUGAGCUGCCAUGAGGUGGUUAACAAUAGUACUAAUGUUCAAGACCCUAAUUUUUUGAGCUUAGGGUUUGAUAAAAUGGGUCAUUUUAGUGGUUCAAGCCCGUCUAAUGUAGCCCCAUUAAAAGGGUAUUGUACUAUUAGUUCAUCUUAUAAUUACCAACCUCAGAUCUAUGGGCGUGAUUUUAAGAGAAACUCUAGAUCGACGAUGACAAAUAGUGUUAAAAGGAGUGUUAGAGCACCUAGAAUGAGAUGGACUUCUACUCUUCACGCUCACUUUGUUCAUGCUGUUCAGUUACUUGGCGGCCAUGAAAGAGCAACGCCAAAAUCUGUGCUGGAGCUGAUGAAUGUUAAAGAUCUAACACUAGCACAUGUCAAGAGUCACUUGCAGAUGUAUAGAACAGUGAAGAGCACUGACAAAGCAUCGGCAAUGUCAUCAUCAGGUCUUAGUCAAGCUUUACAGGCAGACAUGAUGAUGGGCUUAAACCAAAACAAGACUUCUGGGAUUGAGGUGAUGAGUAGACCAGGAUUCAUGUUUUGUGAAAAAGCUGAUUUCAACCCUACUUACUCUCAUAAAAAUUCAUCAUCUACAUUAUCUCCUCAUUCACCAAAAGAGUUUAAGAACAUAAACUUAAGUUCAUGGUUAUCAUCUGUAGAUGGAGAUGUUCCGCAAAUUAGCCGCACUUGCUCUCAUUCUAAUUCUAAUUUCACAUCUUCACAUAUAAAGGAGAAUUAUUGUGAAGAUGAAGUACUGAACUUAAAGUUAUCAAGCAAAAAGCAAGGAGGGGUAGCUGAUAAUAGUUUGGUCAACUUAGAAUUCAGCUUAGGACGAUCAAAUUGUCAAAUUGAAUCUGCUGAAUCUUGCAAUGAGAUCGCUCUACUUAAAUGUCAAUAGUAAUCAUUAAUUUCUAAUAUUAGCUUAUGAUCUUACAGUAUUGACUGUUAGUUUUGUAGAAGUUUAAGAUAAAAACAACUUAACGGAAGAAAAUUACGGCAAAGAACUGAUGCAUUGUAUGUUUUUCUCACACUAAUGAAAAGAUACAAAGGACUUUGAAUAGAAUUGCUAAAUAAAUAAGCUUCUUAAUAUUAAGCAACUAAUAUUUAGUGUCAAAUGUCAGAAAAAUGGAAGAUAAUGACUACUAAAAAAUUACUAAU